AUGCGUUACAUCGUGGGAUUUCUUCUCGUCUUUUUGAGCUUGUGCAUGGGUGAAGAGGUGCGCGUCGCUCAUGAAACGCGAAAUAGCCAUGGGGACAUGUGGAUUAAAGGGGAGCGGAUUGACCCGGACGCUCGCCUUCUCCUUCGCAUUGGCUUAAAGCAGUCAAACCUCGAGGACGCGGACAGUCUCAUCCACAACGUCUCGCACCCGUCAUCUCCCGCAUAUGGCAAGCAUUACUCCAGACAAGAUAUCGUUGAGCUGUUUGCACCGUCUAAUGAUACGGUCGAGACGGUCCGCUCGUGGAUAUCAAGACAUGGCGGUUCUUCAGCACUGUCGCGAGAUCGGGGAUGGCUACACGCCAACAUGUCGGUCGUAGAAGCAGAGAGCAUGCUUAACGCCAGUUAUUACAAGUACCGCCAUACCCUUCAAGAUUAUUCAGCAGUAUCAUGCGAGGAAUACUAUCUUCCUGCCAUUGUUCGGCCACAUAUCGACUUUGUUACCCCUGGCGUGAUGCUUCUAGCGCCUAAGCAGCCUCGCAUCAACAGCAAAGUCAAGAGACAGGAACCACCUAUUUUUCAACCUGAUUCCACGAGUCCGCCUUCGACAGGCACGUCAAAGUGUGGUGACGCUAUCACUCCCGAUUGCAUACGAAAACUCUACAAUAUCCCCAAGAACACAUUAAAACACUCGUCCAAUAGUCUGGGAAUCUUCGAGGCAGGCGACUAUUAUGCCCAAGAAGAUUUAGAUAUGUUCUUUGGCAAAUUCGCGCCCAACAUCCCUAAGGGGACCCACCCUCACCUCGUUUCAAUCGAUGGGGGCUCUGCACCGGUCAAGCCAUCUGAAGCCGAUGGAGAAUCCGAUCUCGACCUGCAGGUCGCUUACCCGCUUAUAUACCCUCAGUCCAUCACGUUAUAUCAAACUGACGACAAAGUAUACACUGUGAAUGGAGCUGGAGGGCUGUUUAACAACUUCCUCAACGCCAUUGACGGAUCAUAUUGUUCUUACGAGGCCUUUGGAGAGAAUGGUAAUGAUCCUGCAUUCGAUGAUGUUUAUCCUGAUACACAACCUGGUGGCUACACAGGUAAGACGCAAUGCGGCAUCUCGAAACCUACGAACGUGAUUUCCAUCUCGUACAGUAAGUCGGAGUCUGACUUACAUUUCUACUACCAGCAACGCCAGUGCAACGAGUUCAUGAAACUGGCACUCCAGGGACAUACCGUUCUAGUUGCUUCCGGUGAUGCCGGCGUGGCCUCGCGCUCCUGGGAUCCAGAGCCGAACGGAUGUCUCGGUUCGAACAAUACGGUGUUCAAUCCCAACUUCCCCGGAAACUGUCCCUACGUCACAGUUGUUGGUGGAACUAGACUACCUCCUGGCUCUCCGGCGAUUGAGCCAGAGGUUGCUGCGUAUCUCCCACAUCAAGACGGUUCGGAUAGCACAUACACAAGUGGUGGAGGUUUCAGCACCAUCUAUUCGAUCCCAAGCUAUCAGAAAGCAGCACUCGAUAAAUACUACGUGCACCAUGACCCAGGUUACAAAUACUUCAGUGCUUUGCAUAAUGCUACACACAACGACACAGCCCCCAUUGGGGCGAAUGGUGGCAUUUACAAUCGCAUAGGGAGAGGCAUGUCAGAUGUUUCGGCUAUCAGUCAAGACAUAGCAACCUACGCGGGUGGCGAAUACGGGCUCAUCAGCGGUACUAGCGCAGCGACGCCUUUGUUUGCUUCCAUUGUGACACUCAUCAAUGAACAGAGACUCAAAGCUGGAAAGGGUCCUGUUGGAUUCAUCAAUCCAGUCAUGUAUCAAAAUCCCCAAAUAUUCAACGAUAUCACAAAAGGGUAUAACGAGGGAUGCGAUACAAAAGGGUUCUCUGCAGUCCCGGGAUGGGACCCGGUAACUCGGCUUGGGACACCUAGGUAUCCUGAGAUGUUGAAGUUGUUCAUGGGCUUACCCUAA